AUGUCAUCACCACAGAAUGAAACCCGCGACUGUGAGGCCCAAGCCCAUGGCGACAACCCCGGCAAUCAAGUCAGCUCAAGACUCAUGUACCUAUCGUCAGAUGGCAAACUGGUCCCGUUGGUGCUGCAAACAUUCGAAGAUUCGCGCAAUUUACCACAGACGUCCAAAUGGCUACGCUUGGAUAAACCGCGAUCAACAGCGACGCCUUUGGCCAAUGUCAGCUACUGGAUUUGGGCGCCGAUCUUGGAUGCUACCAGGCAAGAACGAAAAUGGUCAGCAGCAAUGAUGAUCACAGCGUUGCUGAAAUAUGUUGUAUCUUUACCAUAUUCGUGCACUUUGGUACAUAGCCGUGAUUUGUAUCAUCUGCAUAAUCAAUAUGCCACCCGUACAAUGGGCUUCGGCAGGAUGGAGAUAGACGACCGCUAUGACGCUGUUCGCAGUCACAAGCAUGAUGCAGCAAACGAGACCUCUCAAAGUCUAAACCACUUAGGAAACCCAUCUGAUCAGCUCCAGGUAGAAUAUCCAGUUCCAGAACGCCAAGGAUAUUCCGACGACAUUCGACUCAGCUCAGAUCUGGAAAGCGCGCCUGCUGGGAAUAACAGCGAACAAGCAAUAUGGAUUGAGCCCGGUGAUCAAGGAACUGCAUCGCGACCACGAUACCUCUGUUUUAUCAAAGACUACGACCAGGCGCUCUAUGAAACAAUUCGCGUAUCACAAUACAUCUUUGAAAAUGGGGACAAUAUAGACAUGGAAUUUGUAUUCGUCUCCUACACCCGCGAGCAAUUCAGGGUGGCAACAGACGACGAGAUUGACAAGUACAAGUACCCCAACGAAGAGACCCGCGAAGCCAACAGACAGCUUGCGAAGAGGGACCGAAAGACCUUGAUAAGAUGGGGUAUCGACGCCGCCAAGAGGGCCGGCAAGAAGGCCUUCUGGAUCGACUUCGAAUGCGUCCGCGACAAAGACGGAGUAGCCAGAUCUACCAGCAAAAGCGACGACGUCUACCGCAUCUGCGACGUUGUCCGCGCCGCACACUCCAUGAUCAUUGCCAUCGGGCCACCUGCAUCAGACAAAGUCAAUGUCAUCUUGGCCGGUCAAAGAACAAGUGUUAGCAGCGGAGCGCAGCAAACGACAAAGUGGCUCCGGCAUUGGGGAUCUCGAUUGUGGACAUUGCCAGAGUUACUGCUCUGCCCAGGGGAACAUAGAAUAAGGCUCUACGUUGGAGACGACGAUUCAGACCCAGUGUCCCUUGCGAAGCGCAACUUUGCAGAGCGGGCAUGGGAAGACGCUGAGCUGGUCAAGGAGUUGGUAAAUCACUACGAGGGGUCUGCCAUUCUCACACAACUUCGACUUUUAGAAACAGCUCUCGCAUGCUUUGCACGCCGUGGAACCGAUCAGUUUAGCCCGGGAGAUAUUGCGUAUGCCAUCAUGGGCCUCCUCCCACAUAGCCAGCGUCCCACGAUUCGGCAGGAAGACUCUGGAUUCCAAGCCUUUGCGCGGCUGUCGCUGGCGAAUGAUGGGGGUGACUUUCUCGGACGACUCAUAUGUCUGCUGUCAACGGAGGGAGAGGCGUCGUGGCAUCAAAGCACUGAUGUUUGGGGCGCCAAAGUUAGUGAUGUACGUCCAACUUGUCACAUCACCAAGGUCUUGGACUCGGACACCUUGCUAGUCGACAGUUUGUAUGGCGCUGCAAUCCAAUGGGAUGGCUUCGGCACCGCGGCAAAAACGGGGGAGCUGUCAAACGGGGUGGCCUGGAAAACUCUCGCCGUUUUCAUGAUGUUCUCUGGACUGAUGUCGAUUGCCUUCAUGAGCCAACUACAUAUUCUUGGUGCGUUCUCCAGAGUAGAUCUUUCGCACUUCGGGUCAUUUAGCAUAAUAUUGCUGGGUUUUGUGUCCGUGCCGCCAAUGAUUUCAGCGCUGAUCCUGCCCAUACUAUAUAUUCUGUCUCGUCGACGUACUUUGAAUCCCUUCAAAGCCCAUCUCGUCGGUAUUGAGGGUCACGUUGACGCCGGAGCUAUCGAGCGGCAUCUUUGGGGUCAUAAUUACGGAAGAUUCACAACCAUCGCUAGUGGAACGGCGUUUCUGGAUAACCCAGGGGAGGAGAAUCACCUGCCACCUAAAGGGGAUGACUUACGAGCAUUCACGCUCGUAGAUACGCAUAUGAUGACCGUGUUGCACUUCUAUGCUCGUAGCCCACCCGUGGCCAUGCUAAUCGCUGGACAAGAAGGCGGAAUGCAGCGUGCGUUGUUGUGCUCGUACCAUUGGCAGUCGGGUGUUUUCUUGAAGGAGACAGUCGCGCGCGUCGGAACACAAAUGCUGGACAAGAUGAGGCGAGUUGAUCGAUUCCGACUAGGCUUGAGUGCACGAAAAGAGCAUGCAUCACAGACCGUGUCGGGAGUGGGACAACCAAAGCCUGGCAUAAUACCAGUGGACGAUUCGGUGAUUCCCUGGAAAGCAGAGUGGAUGUACUUGAUGAUUCUUCUCUUAAGUGUUGGCGUUUAUGGUCCUAAUGCCAAGCUACGUGAUGUCAAUACCUCAUACGACUUGUCGUUCUUGGCUGCUCUGCCUUUCGCCUACCUUACACUUAGACACUUCCCUAUCGCUCGUAUCUUGCCGCCUGUUCUCGUUGUAAAGGGGUUCAUACCGUUCUUCUACUUCGCCACUCGAUUCAGUCUCAAUGUCCGUUUCCUGACACCAAUCCUGUCAGGGGCUACGGAUGCCAUUCUAAUGCUCAAUUUUGUCGUCGUUGUUUGUUCGUGGUAUCCAUUUCGCAGCUUGGCACUUCGAAUUAUAUUACUAGGCGUUUCCGGGCGAUUCUUCACAAUGCUAUUGGUGAUGGUUCCCGUUGCUGGCCGUGUAUCGUUCGUUUUCAACGAAGCAAUAUAUUUCGCGCUGUGUUUACUUCUAUCGACUGGUGUGCUCUGUGAGAUGGGACCGCCAUUGGAAGUAUCAUGGCUGCCAGCCCACAAGAAGAUCACAAUAUCAGCAAAGGCAGCCAUGACGGGUUUAGCACCAAGCGGUAGUGCAUCCUCGCUGCAAGAUAGUGUGUCUUGGAUCACAGACUGGAAGUCAGCGUUGUUUGGCCUUCUUUCAACAUCAAUAUAUUUGGCGGCCGAUGCUCCACGCACACUUCCAUUUCACGGGACAUUACGUCUCGCUGUUGUUGCGGGCUCUGUGCUCCUUUUGCUACCAAUUUCUCUGGCAACGUCGAGAUCACAGAGGCUUGGGAUUCCCCUCCUCAUGGCAGUCACUACGUUGUCGGGAAUAGGAUCGUUGUUGCAACGCUCGAAGUUGUCCGCAGUAUCUUAUAUAGUCAUGUACUUUCUAUUGGAAGUACAGAACAUGGCGAUGCCAAUGUUGUUGUUCGCUGGCGUGUCAAGCGCACAGUCAUGGAUCCGUCAACUUCGGUCCUUGGCCAUGUCCCUAGCUGGCAUGACAGUGGGCAUCAUAUUGAAGUUGCCAUGGGGCUUCUGGGAUUCCUUUGGCUCUUGGAAGAGAGAGGGGGAAGGAGAUGCAAAACGAGAGAUGACGUGA